AUGCAGAUCAUCAUGAAGACCCUGACUGGGAUGACCAUAACAGUGGAUGUGGACAACAAUGACACUAUUGAGAAUGGCAAGGCAAAUAUCCAAGACAAGGAAGGCAAUCUUCAUGACCAGCAGAGAUUGUUCUCACAAAGAGCUUUAAGGCAGUACCUUGUAGGAUUCCAACAUCCAGGAGUCCACCUGACACCUGGUGCUGCAUCUCAGAGGUGGGAUGCAGAUCUUCAUGAAGAACCUGACAGGCAGACCAUCAACCUGGAGGUGGACCUCAGUGAUACCAUUGAAAAUGUCAAGGCAAAGAUCCAAGUCAAGGAAGGCAUCUUCUGA